AACACUUAGUUUUAUUUGUGUGUAAAUUAUAAUUCUUGUGUAUAUAUAUUUGGCGAUUUCGACACAAUAUUUGUGUCCAAAGAUUGCAUCCGUAUUUGGAAAUUACAGUUUCUCUUCCCAUCCAGAAUUUAAGACUGCAAAUCAUUAUUAUACCUGAACCAUGAUUCAGACAAGUGCAUGCUUACGCAAUUUAUUAACUCAGUCAUUACAUCCUGGAUCUUCUUUGUCCAAGCUUGCAGCUUAUUUUUGCUACACUUGUCGGCUUGCCUCCUCUCUGCAACAAGAACACAAAUUAUCUGAUUACAGUGAUAAUGAGUAUGCUGAUUUGGAUUGGGAUAAUCUUGGAUUUGGUAUCACUCCGGCUGAUUACAUGUACAUCACGAAAUGUUCUAAAGAUAAAAAUUUUGAACAAGGGAAGCUUAGUCGCUAUGGAAACAUUGGGUUGAGCCCUUCAGCAGGAGUCCUAAAUUACGGACAGGGACUUUAUGAAGGAACAAAAGCUUACAGGACAGAAGAAGGGCGUAUUCUUGUAUUCCGUCCCGAUCAAAAUGCCAUGCGCAUGAAGAUGGGAGCUGAAAGAAUGUGUAUGCCUUCACCUUCCAUCGAUCAGUUCGUCGAUGCAGUGAAACAAAUUGCUCUUGUAAACAAGCGUUGGGUUCCUCCUCCAGGAAAAGGCGCUCUGUACAUAAGGCCCUUGCUUGUGGGAAGCGGUCCUGUAUUGGGAUUGGCUCCGGCACCUGAAUACAUGUUCCUUGUUUAUGCUUCCCCUGUUGGCAACUAUUUCAAGGAGGGUUCAGCACCCUUGAACUUGUAUAUUGAAGAAGAUUUUGUCCGCGCUACUCCUGGGGGAGCUGGAGGUGUGAAAACAAUCGGCAAUUAUGCGCCUGUUCUGAAAGCAUUAACCAGAGCCAAAAACAGAGGAUUUUCAGAUGUCCUGUAUCUUGACUCGGUACAUAGGAAAUAUUUGGAGGAAGUCUCUUCUUGUAACAUUUUUAUUGUGAAGGGCAAUGUCAUUUCGACUCCUGCUACAAAUGGAACUAUUCUUGAAGGAAUUACUAGAAAAAGUGUCAUUGACAUUGCUCAUGACCAUGGUUAUCAGGUUGAGGAACGUUUAAUUCCAGUGGAUGAAUUGAUUGAUGCUGAUGAAGUAUUUUGCACUGGAACUGCUGUAGUGCUUGCUCCAGUAGGCAGUAUUACAUAUAAAAACAGGAGAAUUGAAUUCAGAACGGGGGCUGGUUCUGCGUGUCAGGAACUGUACUCCACGCUUGUAGGAAUUCAAACAGGUCUUAUUGAGGAUAAGAAGGGAUGGACUAUUGAGAUUCCCCAUCAAAUAAAUUGAAUUCAUAGAGAAACUAUCAUUGAAGAAACAUUGUGUGUGUCUGUGGAUGGAUCCCUAGCUUUUUAGCUGCUAAAUAAAAUCUUCUCUCCAAUAUUGGAUACACUUGUUAAAUUAAUGAUUUCUACAGGAGUUUCCGAAUCUCUUAUACUUGUCAAAAUCUAAUGCUAAAUUAUU